UAUAAUGGUCUUAACACUGACUAUUAAUCAGUGAGAGCUGGGCGGUCUGUGUAACCUUUGAAGUGUGAAGAAGCCGUCAGCGAGUCAGUCAACAGUAGAGCAUUCUAGUCGUGAACGGUACGCAUCAAUAACACACGCGGUUGCCUACGUAGGUGAUACAGACUCCAAGCAAGGAUGCGUAUGUGGUGCCGGAAGACAGCAGCUCGAACCGCCAGGAAGUGUAUCUUUCUAGAUAUCUUCUUGUUCAGUGUGCUUCUUACUUGCUGCUCUGCUCAGCAAGGGCCAGAGGUGACCAUAUUGGAGACGCUAGACAGCAGAGGGAGAGAGUUCGUUGUUGGCUUCAUGAGACAAUUUGGAGGCAGACGGGAUGGUAAUCUCACUUUGUCACUGACUAGCAGUAAACCUACCAAGGCUGUUGUGUGGGCGGAUCAUUUUCAGGCGACGAGAAAUCUCAAGCCUGGCAUGGUCGAGACUGUCUUCAUACCUCAACGGUUGAUAAUGGACAAGGGGAGAGAAAACAAAGGAAUUCUGGUGACUGCAGACGAGGAGAUAUCUGUGUAUGCUCUCAAUCAGCUGUCUAGCUCGACAGAUGCUUACUUGGCUUUACCCACUGACUCAGAUGGAAAGUUUUACUACGUGGCAUCAUAUUCAUCACAGAUAUUACGAACCAGAAGCUUGUUUGCUGUCAUUGGAGUGGAGCGCAAAACAAAAGUAAAAGUGACUCCAACAGCUCCAAUAGAGAUGCCUAAUGGGAAGACUCUAGCUGCUGGCAAAACAAUAAAAGUAAGGCUUAAUCGACUCCAGACAUAUUUAUUUCAAUCAAAGCCCAAUGGUGAUCUCACUGGUACUUUGAUUGAAUCGAACAAGCCAAUUGCACUUCUAGCAGGCCAUGAGUGUGCUAACGUACCUGCUCAUGUAACGUUUUGUGAUCACUUAGUAGAGCAGCUACCACCAACCAAUCGAUGGGGUAAAGACUACGUUACAGCACCAUUCAGUCGACGACUUGCUGGAGAUGUUUUUCGUGUUAUUGCUUCAAAUGAUGAUACGGUUAUCAAAAUCAAUAACAAGGAAAAAGCAGUGAAGGAUGCUGGAGAGUACCUGGAAAUCUCGUUGCCAUCAAACUCAUACAAUUAUAUCAGUACGUCUGAGCCCACAUUACUAGUGCAAUAUUGCAAGAGCACAGGCGCUGACGGACAACUGACAGACCCAUUUAUGAUGCUUGUUCCUCCAGUAAGCCAGUAUGCUUCUGCGUACACUAUCAGUACUCCUUCUGAUAGACCUGUCAACUUUACCAAUUACAUGAAUGUCAUAGUGGACUCCAAAGAGGUAGAUGGGCUUCGACUUGAUGGUCGGCCUUUUGUGGAAGGUUUGCAGUGGCAUCGUGUGGAUGCCUUCUCAUCUGGGAGCCUUUCUGUAGCUACUGUUCCACUUGCAACAGGCUCACACAUGGUUCGCCAUGUUUCUCCUAUUAUUCAGUUUGCUGUUAUGCUUUAUGGUUAUGCAUCAUAUGAUUCAUAUGGCUACCCAGGAGGACUACGCCUUGCAGAUUUGCAAUUCUGUUUUCCUGGAGGUAAAGCACUGCCUGGAGAUGGUAAAGAUAAUGACUGUGAUGGACGCAUUGACGAGGAGCUGCGCAAUUACAGAGAUGAUGAUGGUGAUGGUGCCAUUGAUGAAGACUUAGCAACCUUUCCUCCAACAAUAAGAGUUCCUAAGAAUGUUACAAUCACGAGCUGUUCAGCAGUGAAGGGUCCAAACGUUUUUGGAAGAGCGAGUGUCAUAAGUGUAGUUGACAUAUGUUCGCCAGUCAAACUCAAGUUUACUGAUAAACUAGAGAAAGAAGACUGCAAGACGAGAAUAGGCAGAAUGUGGUUAGGAACAGAUGCAUGCGGCAACAUUGAGAAUGCUACUCAGUGGAUUAUUGUCAACGAUCAGAAGGUUCCCUCUAUUACAGCACCACCUCAUACUGAUGCUAGUUGUGAUGAUCUCAAUUCUUUAACUAAUGUUGGUUUUGCACAAGUCUCAGAUGAUUGUGAUGGAGAAGAGAUGAUUGAAACAACUUUCUCAGACAGGCAAGUUGGCUGUGUUGUGAUCAGAACCUGGGAAAGCAAAGAUUCCUGCGGCAAUCAUGGAAAGCCUGCAACUCAAAAUAUAUCAAUCCAUUUAGACCCUCCAGCUGUUGAAGUACCUGAAGAUCAGGACCUAAGAUGUGGUCAGUCGAGUGAUCCAUCUGUGACAGGAUAUCUCAAAACCACACAUACCACACAAAGGACCUGUGGUGCCUUGAAGGAUUUUUCAGUAAAGGUAACUUAUUCUGAUCAAAAGAUUGUUAGGUCUGAUUGUGGCCUAACAUUCACUCGGAUAUGGAAUGUAACUGAUGUCUGUGGUCAUACAUCCUCAUAUCCUCAGAGAAUUUCUGUCAUUGACAGACGGACACCUGUAGUGAAGUUUCCACCAAAUGCUCAUGUUUCUUGUGCUUAUCUCUACAACUUAACAGCUACAGGUGAGCCACAGGUGUUUGGAAACUGCUCACCUGUGCGGGUCACUCACUCAGACAAGUUAUCAUCUUGUGGCAUUGAAAGAACUUGGGUUGUACAUCACUAUUGUGGGCAGAUGGUAGUGAGACAUGUGCAGAUCAUUAAACUGCAGUAUGAACUACCUUCUUUGGAUCUUCCUUCCAACAAUACUAUCAGCUGUAUUCAGUCAUUGCCUAAAGCUCCAAGUUUUUCUGAUGUACAGGUGACAUGUGGUAAAUUUGUUGUGCAUGUCAGUGUGCAAGUUGUUGAGACAUCUACAGGCAACAACUGCAAACGACAAGUCAAUCGACGUCUAAUGCUAAGGGACACUUGUAGUGAAAUUGGUCAGCACAACUACACCAUUACUGUUGUGGAUAAUGUUCGUCCCAACCUGGAAAGUGUUCCUCCUGAUACAAAAGCAACAUGUGCCCAAGCAUUAGAUUACACUAUUGUAGGCGAACCAGUUGUUAUUGAUUCUUGUAGCAGUGGACAAGCGCUGCCCAAGAAUCGACUCAAAGGCAACGUGCUAACCAGAAAAUGGGUGUAUGAGGAUUCAUGUGGUAAUAGAGGAGGGCGUGAGACACAAACAAUACACAUUGAAGAAGAACCACCAGUUCUUGUUGUCCCUCGCAAUGUCACUGUUUUAUGUGACGAAUCAAUAGAUCCUGAUGAUAUCGGAUAUGCAGUAGUACAGAAAGACAUACCUGACACUUGUUUCCAACUUGAUGAUGAACAUGUAAAUAGUAAAAGCAAAAACAACGUUCCUUCAAAAGUGAAGACGUCAUUGGUAUAUGAGGACAAAUCAGACAAAGACGAGUGUCCUCGCACUAUCAAAAGAGUGUGGACAUCACAAACAAUUUUAGGUCACUCAGUCACUGCAGUUCAGUAUAUAAUUCAAGAAAUACCAUGCAUACGAAAAGGUGCCUUUCCUGGGGAUAAUCUUGAUAAUGACUGUGACGGUAGGAUUGACGAGGAAGUAAAGAAUGCUAUUGACGAUGAUGGAGAUGGUCGAACAGAUGAGGAUCUUGCUUACAGACCUCCUAAGAUUGAAGUACCCACCUCUAGUACGAUCACAGGGUGUGGAGUUUCCAGAGCUCCUAAAGUCAAUCCAGACGUAAUACUUGACUCUCGAUGCAAGAUGGUGUCAUUGAACUAUACGGAUAUGGACGACAGCAAUGAAUGCCCAAGAAAAUUUCAGAGAGUAUGGAAUAUUGUUGAUUCCUGUGGGAAUGUCGUAAGAAAGACCCAGACAAUUGAUGUUAGACAGGGUGACCCCCCUAGGCUGACAGCGCCACCAAACACGGCUGCCACGUGCGCUAUGUACCUCGACAUGGAUGUAACAGGGAAGGCCAUAGUGACUGGUGGCUGUGAACGAGUGUCCACAUUGACAGCUGACUACGUUGACACAACAUCCGGGUGUACAGUAUUACGCACAUGGACAGUGACCGACUCCUGUGGCAAUACUGCUCUCAGUGUUGUCCAAAAAAUUACUAUCCAAAUGGAGGGACCGUUUGUUGAUGCACCAAGCAGUGUGAGUCUAACUUGUCCCGACCGGCUAGCUCCUCGAUUCACUGGUCGUCCGGGAGUUCAUCGACGGCCACUGUGUGAUACUGGUGCCUUUGUACCACUUGGAGUUAUGAACUACACUGACAAAACGGACCGGGUAAGCAUCUGCAGGUCUAGAGUACUAAGAAACUGGCAAGUCUUUGAUGUGUGUGGUAACUCUGUGCUCACAACUCAAAAGAUAAUGGUUGCUGACCUAAGAUCACCAUCAGUUGAUUUUCCUGGUGACACGAAAGCAGUCUGUUCUGAUGUAUUUAAUCCGGAUGUAACAGGGAGACCAAAAGUGACGGGCAACUGCUCUGACAUCCAAGUGAAAUACGAAGAUGAAGUGCAUAGCUGUUAUGUGAAGAGAACAUGGAUGGUGGAAACAGCAUGUGGUAAAGACAGAGUAACACAUGUGCAGGUCAUUCGUCUCGCAUAUGAGCCAUUUCCAGUCGUGCCCUUUCAAGAUGCCAUUUUGUCGUGUGAACAACAAGGGAGCUCCCUCGUUUUUGAGCAACGUAAUCACAGAUUGGACUGCAGCGGGAUGACUGUGACAGGACUCACUGUCAAUCAUGCGAAUGUCAGCAGAAUUGAUGAACAAUGUAAGCAAGUUAUUCGUCGUCAAGCCAAUGUGUCAGAUUCGUGUGGAAACGUUAGAACAUUUUUCUACUCUGUGACCUACCAAGACACAACUGCACCUUCUCUAGUUGUCUCACCUGAUCCAGAUAGCAGCAUUACCUGUGCACAAGCUCUUACCUUGCGCAAAGAGCAACAGGUAGAAGUCAAUGAUGCAUGUAACACAGGGACAGUGCAGUAUAAAGACCACAUGGAACGGAAUGUACUAGUGAGAACAUGGCAAGCAAGUGACGACUGCGACAAUCUGAGUCCUCCUGAAACACGAAGGAUUGUAUUACAAGACAGAGAGAUCGCAGUCGAAUUUCCUGCAGAUUCGAUGGUUCCUUGCAGACAGUCCAUCUUACCAGGAAAGACCGGAUUUCCAACUUUGAUUCGCAAUCUAAGCAAAGAAUGUUAUUCAUUGGGAGUAACCAAGCCAGUGAUAGAAUAUAGAGAUAUUGUAAACAGUUCGGGAUGUCCAUCUCUUAUCACAAGAGUUUGGACAGUGUCGACCGUAUUCGGUCAGCUGGUUGAAAAAACUCAGCGAAUCGAAAUUGAUGCUCCACUUUGUAAUGUAUCCAAGAUGAUUCCAGCAGACGGUCUUGACAACGACUGUGAUGAUCGAGUGGACGAGGAAGUCCGAGAUUUUGUUGAUAACGACGGUGACGGUCUCAUUGAUGAAGACCUUUUAGUUGAGCCCUUGGUGGCUGUUUAUCCUUCUGACCGCAAUGUCAGCAGUUGUUCUGCAUCACUGGAACCAUCACAGUUGGGAAUGGUACAAGUAUCACAUGUGGCUAUCAAAUGCCAACCGGUCACUGUAACUCACAGCGAUGCAGUUUUAGACCAUCGAUGUCAGAAGGAGAUUUUGCGUCUGUGGCUGGUUAUUGAUUCUUGUGGCAAUGUCGCUCGAGGGACACAAAAGGUUACCAUUAACGAUGAGACUGCACCAGUUUUGUCUGCUCCUCCACCUGUUCGAAUCUCUUGUGGUCAGUUCAAUGAUACGUCGAUUACAGGACGUCCACAAGUGAGUGACGACUGCCAGAAGACUAACGUCUCAGUCUGGUUCCAAGAUGUCGUAUCCGGCUGCUCAAUUGAGAGACGGUGGUUUGCAGAUGAUGGCUGUGGAAGUAUAUCAUCUGCUGUUCAGAGAAUCUUUCCUAUUUUGGAAACACGACGUGUUCAGCCUCCAAAAACUAAAGUAUUGUCUUGUGGUGAGGCACCAAAUCCGAGCAUUACUGGCAGACCAGGGACAGUGAGUCGUCGACUCUGCAGCAAUAAAUUCAUUUUGCCGACUACCAUAACUUACACUGACUCACAGAGCGUGAUUUCCAUUUGUAAAAGCGCCAUUAAACGUACUUGGUCGGUGAGUGACGUGUGUGGCAACAUUUCCAACGUAGAGCAAGAAAUCACAUUAAAGACUCAAUCCACCGCAUCGGUAAUUUUUCCAUCAGAUGUAUCAGUGAGUUGUCAACAAGUACAAAACAUGAGCAAGACAGGCAAACCGCUUGUAGCACAGAGUUGUCUCCAAAUGAAUGUUACCUUUGUUGACUCUAUCAGUGAUUGCCAAGUUAGUCGCAAAUGGGCUGUUAGUGAUGAGUGUGGAAGGCUUAUUGACACAAAGAGACAGAUAAUACGACUCAAACUUACCAACCAAGUUAAUAUACCUUCUAAGAUAACUGUGCAGUGUCACCAGAAAGUAGCAGAACCAUCAGUCACAACAAAAGAGAGUAAACGGUGUGGUGGUGUCGCCAUACCAACACGCCGUAUCACGUGGUCGAUUAUCACUGUGUCUGGAGAUGAAUGUAGACGACAAGUAACUCGGAGACUGAAGAUAACCGGCAACUGUGCGGCUGAUGAAUUUCAAAAGCAGACCAUCAUUUAUGAAGAUCGAGAACCUCCUCAUCUCCACAUUCCCUCGGAUAUGGAAACCAGCUGUGAGUUGGCUUACAAUGUGGACCUUGUUGGUACGGCUGUCGCUCAAGAUGAGUGCAACAAUGCUGUAGUGAAUCAUUCAGACAGUCUUGUUGGAAAAACAUUGAUACGAACAUGGUCUGCUAUAGACUCAUGUGGUAACGCAGCUCCAGCACUCACACAACGCAUUUCGUUAGUAGAACUUGCUCCUCGCGUCAUCUAUCCUUCAGAUCUUGUGCAAGAAUGCGGAUUACCACUCACUCCAGACUCAACUGGCCGUCCACAGAUAGACAUAGACUUAAGUCCAUUUUGCUUUAUAUUGGGUGGCAGCCCUACUACCAUGGACUACAAAGAUACUGUCAUUGGCAAGGAGUGUGAGCAAACCAUAAAGCGCAUGUGGCGGAUUGAAACAUUCCUUGGACACAAACUGACAUACAAUCAGACCAUUAAUAUAAUUCCUCACUCGUGUCGAGCAACUGUGGGAGAACCAAAUGAUGGAGUCGACAACGACUGUGACCACCGAGUCGAUGAAGAAGCCAGGAACUUUGUUGAUGACGACGGCGACGGACGUAUUGACGAAGACCUGGCCACUGUUCCAUUAAAAUUACAUCCAAGUAUUGGAUUAUCUGUAUUAACAACUUGUCGCGUCAUCAACGAUCCCAACUCAUUUGUUAAACCAUCUUACACAGUUUCGAAAGGCUGCAGUUCUGUUCAGCUGAUUCACGAAGACAUUCCAUUGGAGCGCAAUUCUCCAUGUCUAAAAGCCUUCACUCGUACAUGGAAUGGCUCCGAUGCUUGUGGUAAUACAGACACAUCCGAGGAGUUUAUUCAGAUAGUUGAUCGUACAGCACCUAACAUCAAUUCCAUCUCCGUCGUGGACAUGAGCUGCAGUGAUGUCGAAGGUGAUCUAUUGAGUGGCAUUGCACUCAGUGACGACUGCAAUAAUGGCAUUUUGAACACGACAUGUUCACGUACUUACUAUACCAACUACACGAUCGAUGACUUUCACAGCUGUGUUGUUGUACGCCGAUGUGAUUGGCAAGAUGUCUGUGGAAAUGUUGGGCCUUCAUUUCAACAAACUGUUCGAUUAAAGCCUCAAUCUUUAACAAGCUUUUUGGUAGAGUUUCCUGAUGAUGUCGUGUUGACAUGUGGUGCCUCCACCGAUCCCAACAGCGCGGGUAGACCAGUCAGUGUCAGCUACACAAUCUGUAAUUCGAAUGUACGAGCUGUUGCUGAAAUUCAAUACACAGACGCAGUUAUGUUGAGCAACAGAUGCAGGAAGGUUAUCAGCAGGCAAUGGGUUGUUCGAGAUCAGUGUGGACAGGGAGUCAAAACUCAAGUCCAGGAGAUCACUGCAGUGCAUAAUCCUGUUGCGUCUGUCUCAUUUCCUGCUGAUACGACCGUCACAUGCAGACAUAGUAUCAACCCAGAACAGACCGGCUGGCCAAUCGUACGAAACAACUGUUCAGACAUUCACAUUUCCUACUCAGACAGUGUCUCAGGAUGUUUGAUAUUGAGAUCAUGGAAUGCGACUGACAUAUGCGGUAAUCUGGUCACUAACAGUGUUCAGCAUAUUGGCGUGUCUCACAGUUACAGCCAUUUGAGCUUUCAAAAAUCUUUGACUAUUUUGUGUGAUGAAGACACCCCAGAACCACAUCCUCAAGUCAAUAACAGAAGCUGCCAUGGCAUCAUCAUUACAGGACCGUUCAUUUCAUACAAGGUGGUGGAUAAACGUGGAAACUCUUGCAGACAAAUCGUUCGUCGAAACAUCACGGUGUCAAACUCUUGUGGUCUACUCCGUCAACAUACUCAGACCAUUGAACGUAUUGAUAGAAUUCCCCCGUCUUUGCAAUCUCUCUCUCCUGUCAAGGUCUCUUGCUCUGAUGUUUAUAACUUGAUUUUAACCGGCGAACCUUUAGCAAACGAUACAUGCAGCUCUGUCAAAGUCACGUUUAGUGACAGCUUGCGAGAAGGCAGGAUCCAUCGCACAUGGUCUGCUCUAGAUGAUUGCGGAAAUCAAGCAAAGCCACAUGUGCAGCAUAUCGAUCUCAUCGAUCAUCGACUAAUGUUGAGCUUAGUCAAUGAUCGAAUUAUUUACUGCAAUGAAUCGACAAAUCCUGAGCAUGCGGGUAGGCCAAGGAUAACCCAAGAUGUCAGUUUGUCUUGUCAGAGAUUGGGUGUCAAGCCAGCAAGUCUAACACAUGAAGAUAAAGUUGAAAGCAUCCUUUGCCCUCGUACACUAAAGAGGAAGUGGACUGCAGUAUCAGCACUGAGCAACAUCGAAACCAUUCAAGUUAUCAGACAAGUGCCUCGGCCGCUGACCAUCAGAGGUCCCUCUGACAUGUCACUGAGUUGCCAUGCCAGCACCGAUCCUGCUUUCACUGGUCAUGCUGUUGUGUCGUUCAUUUCCGAUUUCUGCUUGCCUGUGAUAGGCCCGUUUUACUCCAUCAUUGCAAAUCGCUCAUUAUCGAGGUGUAAAACAGUGCUUACUAGACAGUGGGUGGCCAACGACUCGUGUGGCAAUGCUGAUAGCAAACUGCAGAUGAUAGAGAUCGAGGACAGAACUCCUCCUGUGAUUUCUACUCCUCAGAAAAUCGUAGCUUCAUGCAGCGACUACAAAAACGAGAUUCCAUUCGGAUCUCCUGCUAUUUUGGAUGACUGUUCAAGUGUCAUUACUUCGUAUAGUGAUGAACUGAGAGGAUGCAGUGUGAUGAGAAGGUGGCAUGCUUGGGAUGAAUGUGGAAACACAGCAACUACCAAAUUGCAGAACAUAGAAUUAAAAGUGGAAGCACCCGACUUGCAAGUUCCUGGAAACGUUAAUGUCAGUUGUGGAGACAGUUUGGACCCGUCAACAACAGGAGUACCUCUCGUGAAACCAAACCAUCUCUGCAGUUGGAAUUCUACAGCAGAAGUAACCGUUGAGCACAACGAUAUUUCAAAAGAGGGAGAGAAUUGUGAGGUGGUUAUCAGCCGACGCUGGUCAGCUAUAGCACGAUGUGGUAGUACUGCUGCCGACACUCAGAUUAUUACCAUAUUGUACAGUGAACCCUCGAUUGAAUCACCUCCUGAUAUUGCUGUGACUUGUCACCUUGCAAGCAACUUUUCUGUGACUGGAGUACCAAAGGUCACCUCAUCUUGUCACCGUACAGUUGUGUCGAAUUUGGAUAGUUUGAACAAGACCGUUUUGUUGAGAUCAUGGAUGGUGCAGGAUGCUUGCUCUCGUGUCUCUGUUCCGCAUCCGCAAAGAAUCAGUUUACAGCAAGAACCGCCGGUACUACGAGUGCCUUCCAAUGUUACAAUUGCGUGUCAUCAGUCUUCGCAUCCUAACAGGACAGGAUGGGCAGCUCUGCAGAAGGACAUUGAUGAGACAUGCGCUCAGCUGGGUAUAUCACCAACACUGCUUGACUAUAGUGAUGAAAAGGAGGGCGACUGUCCUGCCUUCAUCUUUCGUCAUUGGACAGCAAUCGACUUUCUUGGACAAACAAGUCGUGUUGAUCAGCUGAUAAGUCUAGGUUGUGACAAGUCUGAGAUGAUUCCUGAGGACGGCAAAGAUAAUGACUGUGAUGGUAAGGUGGAUGAAGAAGUACGCAAUUUCGUUGACGAUGAUGGAGAUGGGCUGAUAGAUGAAGACUUAGUAACUAUUCCAGUAAAAUGGCAGCCAAUUCUUUCUGUAUCUCUUACUUCAUGUCACAACAAGACACAUCCAAGAAUGACGGGCCGUCCAGACUUUUCAACUGUUACGGAACAAUGCAAACCAGCCAAUUCCACGUUUACUGAUAAGACAAUCAUAAGAAAUCAUUGCAGACAUGAGAUAGAGAGAGAAUGGGUCGUUAAAGACUCGUGUGGAAACAUAGACAUCACAACACAGUCCAUUAUCAUGAACGAUAGUACCGCUCCGUUUCUAACAGUUGUGAAUAAUAGAACAGUGACCUGCAGUGAGUACAGAAACAAGUCAAAGACAGGUGAGCCUCUGGCAAGUGAUGACUGUCGAGGUCCUGUUUCUACUUGGUUUGAGGAUGAGUUACGUAAGUGUGUUGUGCUACGAACAUGGAAAGCUCGUGAUCAUUGUGGCAACACCGUGACAGGAGCGGUUCAGGAACUGGCGCUGCUUGUUGGUCCUCCUGACGUGCGUUUUCCUGCAGACGUGUCGGUCACGUGUUGGAGUCCAACAACGCCUCAAGUCACCGGUGAACCUGUUGUUGAUAAACCGGGUUUUUGUGGAUGGAAUGUCAGUGCUAUUACCAACGUCUAUCAUACAGACACUGAGACAGAGUUAAGCGACUGCAACAAACUCAUCUCCCGUUCUUGGCAUGUGAGAGAUAUUUGUAACAAUGAAGUAUCACAUCUUCAGGCCAUAAGAGUAACUCAUCAGCCUCCCAUCAUCAAGGCGCCAUUGGACAGUGUUUCUACUUGUCAGAAUGUCAGUGAUUUUGAUGUACUAGGUCAAGCAACUGUAGUUCAGUCUUGCAAACCGGUUAAUAUUGCUUAUAAUGACACGCUAAAUGGAGGAACAUUGACUCGUCAGUGGGUAGGAAGAGACACUUGUGGUCUCUCUUCUUUGACUCAAAGCCAGUUGAUCUCUAUAGAAGAGAAGGGGCCGACACUCAUCUUGCCUUCCAAUAAAACAAUAGCUUGUCAUGAAUCAGCACAUCCUGACAAGAUGGGAUGGGCCAAAUUGGGGCGUGAUCUCACUCCGUCUUGUUUCCGUCUUGCCCAAUCUCCAACAACCGUCAGUUAUGUAGACUUGAACGGGCAGGAUUGUCCUGGCUUCAUCAUGCGCCAGUGGAGAGCAACGAGCUUUCUUGGACACAAGAUUUUAGCAAACCAAAUCAUUACUUUAGAUUGUAAUGUAUCUGACACUGUUCCCGGCGACGGAAAAGACAAUGACUGUGACGCGAAAAUAGAUGAAGAAGUGCGUAACUUUGCUGAUGACGAUGGAGACGGUUUGGUAGAUGAAGACCUUGCGUGCUGUCCAAUCGAGACCGAUCCUCCUCCUUCCAAACUUCUUUCUUCUUGUUUAGACUCCAUUAAGCCUAAACAGACAGGUCGUACGAAAGUGGUGUUUAUUGAGAAAGCAUGCAAACCUUGGAAAACUCGCCGUAAAGACAAGAGAGUAACCAGUUUGUGUGGUAUAACAAUAGAGCGGCAAUGGAAUGUUUCAGACUCUUGCGGAAACGUUGACAGCAAGAUACAGACGUUAGUUAUCGAAGAUCAUACGCCGCCCUCUUUAUCAGCUCCUCCAGACAGAACCGUGACUUGUUUUGAAUACACGGACAAGGCAAUUGUUGGCACUGGAAAGUCGAGUGAUGACUGCGGUGGUAAGGUUACUAUUUGGCAUGAGGACACCUUGCAAGGCUGUGUUGUAUCCAGAAGGUGGAAUGCGCGCGAUGAAUGCAACAAUACAGCAAAGUCUGUUGUUCAAAAGCUCAAUCUACAUGUCUAUCUGCCUCCGGUGGCCUUUCCCCCUGACUUGACAAUUGCCUGUUUGAAUGGUUCCGAGCCGAAUGUGACGGGGCAGCCAAAAAUCGGUGAACCCUAUUUAUGUGGCUUUGACACAACCGGUGUGGUUGGAGUGUAUCAUGAAGACACACAAACUGAUUUAGAGGAUUGCCAUACACGCAUUGAUCGCGCUUGGCGUGUUGCAGACGUUUGUGGAAAUGUUGUAAACCAUGUGCAACACAUCACAAUUCUUCACCAAGCGCCACUCAUCGAAACUCCCUUAGCUGUGUCCUCUAGUUGUUCCAACACGGGAAAUCUUAGCUUGACAGGCAGCCCGACGCUCGUCCAGUCAUGUAAAUCUGUCAAGCUCUUGUAUAAUGACAGUCUGAGUGACUCUGUGUUGACGCGCACGUGGAGAGGUGUAGACGCUUGUGGCCUUUCGUCUGCGUCUCUCAUACAACUGAUUGUUAUCGAUGAACCAGCACCGCGUCUCACAGUUUCGUCCAACGUCACUAUUCUAUGCCACGAGUCUUCACAUCCCAACGCAACCGGAUGGGCAGUACUAACCCAGGAUGUAAGUCCUGCUUGUUUGCGUCUUGGAGGAGUAGCCACAGUCGUUGAGUAUGUGGAUGAGCGGAGUGAUACUGUGUGCCCUGGCUUUAUCAUUCGGACAUGGACAGCAACGAGUUUCUUGCAGCACACCAUAUCAGCUAGUCAGAUCAUUUCCUUGGGUUGUGAUCGCUCUAAGUCCGUUCCUGCUGAUAAUCAAGACAACGACUGUGACGCUAGAGUUGACGAGGAAUCUCGCAAUUACGUUGAUGAUGACGGAGACGGAUUGAUCGAUGAGGAUCUGGCGACAUUUCCCGUCAUAGUCGUUCCUCCUCCUUCUGUUUGGCUCAGUUCCUCCAGAACUCCUAGCAGCCCUGCACGGACCGGUAAUGCAGAGGUUAGAAACGUCUCGAAGGGAUGUGAGAGGAUAGAAAUGAGCUACACGGAUGAAGUGAAUAGUGAUUUGUGCUUUCGAAACAUUUCAAGAAGAUGGACUGUGAAAGAUGGUUGUGGCAACGUUGACUCCUCACCGCAAAUCAUCACAGUAGCUGACGAAACGCCACCGAAUCUCUUCGUUCCUGCAGAUACUAGCGUGUCGUGCUCUCACUAUGAUCAGUUGGACAUGGCAACAGCUAUAGAUGACUCAAACUUGUCUGUCUUGACUUCAUAUUCGGAUCAUUUGGACGGUUGUGUUGUGCACAGAAAGUGGGACGCUAGAGAUUUGUGUGGAAAUGUGGCAAUCAGUCAGAUGCAGCACAUCGAAUUGACUAUCCAUCGACCUCGUGUUACAUUCCCUCGCAAUAGAGCAAUCUCUUGUCUAGAUAGCGCCGAUCCCGUCCAUACAGGCGAGCCUCGUGUUGUUUCCUCGUCGUUGUGUGGCUGGAAUGUGUCUGCUGCGUAUACAGUAAGACAUGCUGACACUGAUAAGAAGAUGCUCAACUGCGAUCGAGUUAUACACCGUCGAUGGCACAUCAAGGAUAUUUGCAACAAUCGUAUUACUCACGUUCAAAAUAUUCGCGUCCUACACCAAGCUCCUGUUUUCCAUCCCAUACCAAACAUUACAUCAACAUGCAGCGGUGUGACCUUGGAGGAUACCGAUGGCGGCCUCAGUUUUCUGUCGUCUUGUGCACUUCCAACCGUCGAUCACAGCUCCAAGUUGAAGGGUUCGAUUUUGCAGAGGAAGUGGGUUGCUAACGAUGAAUGCGGCCGACACGCAAAGUCUCAACUGCAGACAGUCCAUCUACACGAAGAUCCACCGAUAUUUCUCGCUCCGAAGAAUGUUACAAUUAAAUGUCACGAAUCACCGCAUCCGAAUGUAACCGGUUGGGCGACUAUUGUAAAAGAUCUCGACCCUGCUUGCUUUGAGUUGGGAGGAGCAGCGACUAAGAUAACGUAUGAAGAUUUGUUUAACUUUAUCGGAUGUCCCGGACAGAUUGUACGUCAAUGGAAAGCAACGACAUUUAUGGGACAUGUUGUCACUGCUGGGCAAAUCAUAGCAUUUGGAUGCGAGUUUUCCGACAUGAUUCCCGCUGAUAGAGAAGACAACGACUGUGACGGUCGAGUAGAUGAGGAAGUGAGAAACUUCAUGGACGACGACGGUGACGGGUUAGUGGAUGAAGAUCUUGCCACGUCGCCUGUCGAAAUCAGACCGCCGCAAUCUACUUCUCUUCGCUCUUGCAGUCAAGCAAGCAAUACUUCGCUCAACGGACAUCCUGUUGUACUCAAUGUUUCUGCAGCUUGUAGGCCAGUCCACACCAAAUACAGCGACUCGGUUAGCGGGACCGUAUGCCACAAGACGAUCACACGAGAGUGGAUUGCCGUCGAUUCGUGCGGAAACAUGGCAAGUGCGACUCAACUUUUAGUCGUUGAAGACAAGACGCCGCCAUUGUUGACUGCACCGGGCAAUGUGAGUGUUACCUGUUUGGAGUUUGAGGACGCGGAGAAGACAGGUGCAGCACUGUCUAACGACGACUGUGCUCAAGUGUCUCAGUGGAGCAAAGACACUCUCCAUCAGUGUACAGUCCAAAGACAAUGGUUUUCAGGCGACCGCUGCGGCAAUGUUGCUCCACCUGUCGUACAAUCUAUUGCCUUACGUAUACCUCCUCCUGUAUUACGAGUGCCUAAUACGGUCACCAUCACAUGCUCAGACCCCACCACACCGUCAUUCACUGGUAAACCAAGUACAACUUCUAGCAACAUGUGCAGCUGGGACGUGUCCGCGGCGGUUGAAGUUCGCCACCGAGAUCAGGAGAAGCUUAUAAAUAUUUGUGACCGCAUGAUUGGACGGCGCUGGCUGGCAUCCGACGUUUGCGGGAAUACAGUCGGCGGCCUGCAGGUUAUUCGCAUUCUGCACCAACCGCCCGUUCUCGAUCAACCAAAACGCGCUGUUGCGUCUUGCCGGGAUGUCAGCAAUUUCACUCUGGCCGGACGUCCGUCCUUCAAGCGCUUCUGCACAUCAGCAAAACUUGAAAAAAGCGACGUCUUGCAAGGAAAGUUCUUGUUGCGCAACUGGACGGCAGUGGAUUUGUGUGGCGAUACUUCUAUGCCUGUUACUCAAACGAUUUCUCUAGCAGAAGAUCCUCCUCGCUUUCGUAUUCGCUCAAACGUUACCAUCCAAUGCCACCAGUCGUCAAGUCCUGAUGACAUUGGGUGGCCUACAUUACUGGACGUGAACGAGGCUUGUUUUAAAUUGGGAGCCUCAAGAACUACAGUCAGCUACAAAGAUGAAAGGCAGAAGUCUGGUUGUCCAGGUUUCAUACUCCGUCGGUGGACUGCAACCAGUUUUCUCGGUCACACGGUGCGAGCAGAUCAGAGCAUUACUUUAGAUUGUUUCAAGUCUGAUAUGUCUCCUGCUGAUGGAGAAGACAACGACUGUGAUGGUGUUGUUGAUGAGGAAGUGAGAAACUUUAUAGACGACGACGGCGACGGUCAGAUAGAUGAAGAUCUUACCACUCAACCGCUAGUUAUCGCACUCCCACCAUCCAUUAUGCUUCACUCUUGCCGCAAUGUUACGCAUCCCAGCCACACUGGACACAGUAGCAUCUUGUUUGUGUCUCCUCAGUGCCAGCCUGUCAAAACGGAGCACACGGAUGAGACUAUGAAUACUGAAUGUCGACGCGUUGUGACUCGCAAGUGGAUAUCAACAGAUGCUUGCGAGAAUAUCGCAAACGGCACACAAAUAAUCACAAUUGACGAUCGGACUCCACCAAAAUUGCAUCUUGAAAGUAAAAUACAAACUACUUGCUCUGAGCUUCCAGAUCUAGACAAGACACACGGAGCAGUAGCAAGCGACGAUUGUAACGACAGAAAGUCUAUAAACGUGAGCUAUAGAGAUGAGGCAGUAGGGUGCAUUGUGUUUAGAAGGUGGAGAGCGGACGACACGUGUGGUAAUUCCGUUGUGGAUGCCUUUCAGGUUAUAGAGCUAAAAAUGGAGCCGCCGGACGUGGUGAUGCCCGACGAUGUGACGGUAAUCUGCACGCAGCGGACGCAUCCGUCACAAAUCGGUCGUCCUGUUGUCACAAAAAAGGAUAAUUGCGCGUUGAGUACACUUUCAGAGACGUCUGUUAAGUACAAUGAUGUUGUAAAAGUGAUGGCCAAUUGUGAUGUGACUAUUGGGAGACAAUGGCUUGUAAGCGACGCUUGCGGACACAAUGUGAACAAAACGCAGACAAUCCUAGUGAAGCAUCAACGUCCUACAGUGCACUUUCCCUCUGACACCACUGCCACUUGCCAACAAUCAUCACAAGUGAAUGUUACCGGAGAGGCAGCAAUCAGGAGCUCUUGUAGUGACGUCACUAUUUCACACAGUGAUCGCCUUCAAGGUUCCGUCAUUGUGCGCUCUUGGCUUGCGUCUGAUGAGUGUAGCAGUAAGUUGAAGCACACGCAGAGAAUCAGACUUGUUGAAGCUGCUCCCCAUUUUGUUGCUUCCAACAUUACAGUUGGGUGUGGAGCAAGCAUCGGUCCAAACAACACUGGCUGGCCAACAGUGAUAAAAGACGUACCUUCCGCUUGUUUCAAACUUGGUGGAAAAGAAACGCUGGUUUCUUAUUCUGAUGAGGUGUUGGGUGAUGAUUGUCCGAGGGUUGUGCUACGACGAUGGGUUCUGCGUACAUUCCUUGGCCAUGUUAAUGAACUAACACAGCAUAUUGUAGUUGGCAAUCGGCCAUGUGUUGUGACUCAUAUGAUAGCAGCUGACGGUUUGGACAAUGAUUGUGACGGUCUAGUUGAUGAGGAAAAACGUAAUCACAAAGACGACGACAAUGACGGUCUAAUUGAUGAAGAUCUGAAAACUGACCCUCCACAGUUGGUCGUUCCUGAAGAUUUGGAAGUCGACAGUUGCAACAUCCGCCUCUCAACCGACGUUGUAGGAGAGGCAGAGGUGAACAGGUCGGUUGAUGCAUGCAAACCUGUAGAUUUGACUUACAGAGAUAUUGUAGAUGAAGAACGAUGUGUAAAGAAGGUGCAACGAGUGUGGACUGGAGUUGAUUCGUGUGGAAACACAGUCAAUGUCACUCAAAAUAUAGAGAUUGUGGAUAAUACUCCACCUGAACUGACGCUCGACAAGACAGUCACGACCACUUGCGACAAGUUGGAUACAGACGCAGUGACCGGAGAACCCAUCGUCACAGAUGACUGUGCAAAUGAUAAGGAAUCGGUUGAGUUAUUAUAUGAUGACGCAUAUGGAGGAUGUGCUGUCACCAGAAGUUGGACAGCGACCGAUGCUUGUGGCAACGUGUCGCCCUCUAAAACCGUAAAGAUUGAAAUAGAAACGGAUCCUCCGCAGGUCACUUUUCCCUUUGACAUCGAGCACUACUGUAAUUUUUCACAUGAUCCCGAGAUGACAGGAAAACCAAUGGUGAAGACUAGGCGUCUGUGUGAGUCUGGACCCGAGAUUUCUGUGAGCGUCACAUAUGAGGACAUACCUGUGAGUGAUGACUCUUGUCACACUCUUGUGUCCAGACAAUGGAAAGUCGCUGAUGAGUGCGGAAACGUCUUGACUCACGCUCAAAAUGUCCUGUCAGUGAAGAGAGGAUCACCAUCUGUUACCUUUCCAUCAGACACGACUGCAUCUUGCGAUGACAUGUACAACCCUAUUGUGACAGGUUAUCCAACUGUUUCACACAAUUGUUCUGCUCUCAACAUUUCAUACGUCGAUGUAAUACAACAGUGUUCUGUGCUUAGACGUUGGAGUGUGGUGGACAUAUGUGGUGCAUCUAUUGCUUCUCGCAUUCAAACUAUUGACUUGCAAUAUGACUUUGAUGUUUCUCCCAAGCCAACCAUCACAGCAAAAUGUGGUAGACAAUUUCCGCCUCCUGGUCCAGUCACUGCACUGACCAAGUUGAGAUGCGGUGCCCUCGUUGUGAACCCUCCGACCUACUCUACUCGCGUUAUACGCAGUGACGGUCGGUCUAGUUGUCUCCACGAGGUUGUCCGUCGCGUGUCUGUCAAAGACUCAUGCCGCGGUGUGGGCACAUACAUGCAACGAGUUCGUGUUAUCGAUGACGAACCACCCAUAAUGGAUAUGCCAAAGAACGUUUCUAGCAAUUGCGCAGACACUAAACGAUCCAACGUAGUUGGAUGGCCAACAAUCAAAGACAACUGUAGCAAGUCUACAACGACUUAUGUUGAUACGCUUGUUGGGAACAAGAUUCUAAGAGAAUGGAUUGGUCGAGAUGAGUGUGGUAAUCAUGAGCGUGCUGUUCAACAGAUUGAUCUGAUUGAACCCUCACCUGUUGUCACGUUUCCACAAGACAAGAAGAUGUACUGCGAUGAGUCACUAUCCACUCGAAAUGUUGGGUGGCCGCUUGUGGAGAAAGACAUCGAUGAGUCAUGCUUCAACUUGGGAGGGAGCUACACAAAGAUUGACUAUACUGACCAACAAUCAGAGGAGACUUGUCCUAGAAUUGUUAUACGACAAUGGACGAUUACCACCUUUGUUGGACACAACUUGAAACACGAUCAACGAAUAGAAAUGAUUCCUCGUCGUCGGACAGCAUGUCCGCCUCUCCGAACACCGCCGUUUGGCUACAUGUAUCCACGCGGUCGCACCACAGUUGGAACGACCGUCCGUUUCUUGUGUCGUCGCGGUCUGACGAUGAGCGGUUCCCUUUCCCGCACUUGUCUAGCAACAUUUGAAUGGUCUGGCACUCAAACAUCAUGCAACUUCAUAUCGUGUGGCCAACCCGGGGAGGUUAAGAACGGUCAUGUGGUUGGUCGAGACUUCACUUAUGGCCGUCAUGUUGUCUUCACUUGUUACCCUGGUUAUCAUGCUUCUGGGAAAGCUGUGCGUUACUGUCAGUCAAACGGGCAAUGGACAGCAGGAAAAUUCUCUUGCAAUGCUGUUGUUUGUCCUCGUAUCUUUUGUCCUAGCAAUGGUUGGUGUUCGACGACGAACAACAUGUUUGGAACGGUCAUAAAGUUUCGCUGCAACUUUGGGUAUCAGCUGUCUGGUUCGGCCGUACGUAUUUGCCAGGCGGACGGGAAGUGGUCCGGAGAACCAGUCACAUGCAUACGUGAGAGUGGUUGUGGCCAGUACUUCCCUUCGCCCACGGGCAAGUUUGUGUCGCCUCUUUUUCCUCGCCCAUACGGCAAUGAUAUGUACUGCGUGUGGCGUCUGCAUUGCAACGAGAAAGUCCACGUCACGCUUUCGUUGGAUCGCUUCAGUACUCAACCGUCCAGAGAUGUGGUGGAGGUACGUGAUGGGGAGAGUAAGGAUUCUCCAAUGAUUGCUCGGCUGUCAGGUCACAUCAAUCCUCUUCCUCUCACCACAUCUUCAUGCGACAUGUUUGUCACGUUUUCAACCGAUUCUUAUGUCAAACAUCACGGAUUUUCCGCCCAUUUUGAGCCAACGUCGUGUGGAGGAACGUUUCAAGAGCCUCACGGUGUUAUUAAGACUCCCAACUAUCCUCAACGCUAUCCUCGUGAUACCGAUUGUUAUUGGCUUGUUAUUGCACCUAAAGGAGGCAUGCGACUCUCGUUUGUUGAUUACCGACUCGGUCACAAUGAUUAUUGUGAAGUUCGUGAUGGUGUGACACAAGACUCGAAAACACUGUGUCACUUGGAGCAUGGAAGUCAGCCUCGUGCUCUCAACGUAUCCACCACACAUGUCUGGAUACAUUUCCACUCCGACCAAGUUAGCUCACAGAAAGGAUUUAGAGCCAUCUUCUCAGAAGGAUUGUCAUGUCUUGAUAUAUUGGAGCAAGGACACAGUAAGGGAAAUGGAGUGUAUUGGGUGUACCCGGAUACUGGGCCCGAGCCCAUUCCGGUCUAUUGUGAUAUGUUUACACUUGGUGGUGGAUGGACCCUCGUUGGACGAGUGUCUAAUAGUGAUGCUACUCACUGGACUGGCCUGCAGUCUUGGUGGCUAACUCAACUGUCAUCCACGGGAGACAUUUUGUCACCCUAUGGCAACCGAGACAUGAUCAGUGAUGCUUUCUGGUUGAUGUUUGGUGACCACAUACUCCUCACCAACGCAUCAACCGUCAACGAAACUUUAAUAUACACGACGUCAUCGUGUCUGGAAGGAAAGCCGAUUCGCUCGCUCUAUUCAAACUGUUCCCAAAUCAUUACAAGUCAACUUACCGCAUGUGAUGCGAUGGGUUCAUGGCAGCAUGGGUGUACACACUCAACACUGGAGAUGUGUACGCGCAAUAGCACCAUUUCAAUGGCAUUUAUGAAUUUGCCUUGCCAUCGCUCACAGUCUGGCAUCAGAUUGGGUGGAGGAUCAUUGGGCAAGGACUUCGAGGUUGACAUUGGUGGUGACGUCAAUGCCCCAACUACCUAUUCAGUAAACAUUUGGAUAAAAUGAACAAACGCAUAAUGUAAGAUUGAUAGAUAGAUUGGAUACUAAUUCUUGGGUUAGACUUCGAAAUAUUUGUAUGCGAGAACGAUCAAAUUAACAUGAUUGAUUUGGGAUAAAAA